AUGUUCCGUCACUGUCGUAGAUUUGCGACGAGUUGCAUCCGACUACAGCAAUCAAGCGACACUUCUAGACUUCUACGCGUCGUCGAGAAAAGAAUCAAUGAACGAACCCAAAUAUUGUCCCAGAUAUCUGAAGGAACUUCCAAGCCGGAAGAUAUAGCGCGGUUAAAAAAGAUCAAGGAAUCCGACCGACUUCAAGAGGCGUGGGAUGAGUUGAAUACUUCCCGUCGGCUUCUCGAGGAUACCAAGUCUCUCCUGGCUGAUCCUGACCCAACGAUGCGCUCAAUGGCUGAGGAAGAGUAUCAUUCACUCGAGGAGAAAGUGGAAGAAAUCGUCAGCACGACUUUACCUGCCCUCCUCAAACCAUCGUCUUCCACAGCCCAUUAUUCUGCCCUCGUGGAACUCAAGUCUGGUGUAGGGGGAGUGGAGUCGUCCCUUUUUCUUGCUGAUAUGCUACGGAUGUACCAGCGGUAUGCUACUGCUCAGCGAUGGAAGUGGACGAUGAUGGCAGUCAAUGACCUGGAGCAGGGAGGGACGAGAGAUGCCAUCAUGGAGGUGAAGGGUCUAGGGGCUUAUGACAGGUUGCGCUGGGAGAGCGGAGUGCAUCGUGUGCAGCGAGUACCAUCUACUGAUGCUAGCGGACGUGUCCACACCAGUACAGUUGCUGUCAUCGUUCUUCCGCUGGCUGAGGAGAAAGACACACGAGAUGAACCGUUAUAUAAAAUGGAGGAUAUUAAACUAGAAGUUAUGCGUGCUCGAGGUGCCGGAGGGCAGCAUGUCAAUAAAACAGAAUCGGCGGUCCGCUUGACACAUAUACCAUCAGGUAUAACGGUCUCUAUGCAAGAUGAGCGGAGCCAGCAUCAAAAUAAACGCCGUGCAUUCCAAGUUCUUCAAGCUCGUCUCAUGGACCAAAAGAUCAUUCGAGAUAUUGCCCAGCGACGUGCCACAAAGAACAGUCUAGUUUCUGGUGUAGAUCGGAGUGACAAAAUCCGAACGUACAACUACGCACAGGAACGUGUUACAGAUCAUCGGAUAGGCCUUAGCCUGAUUAAUCUGUCAGCUGUUUUGGAAAGCAACGGCUUGGAUGAAUUUAUCGAGGCGCUGAAUAAAAAUUACGAGCAGGCAAAAUUGGAGCAGAUGCUCGAGGAUGAUUAG